AAUGGGGGUGGCCCAACAUACUCCCUUGAUUCCAAGCGGAGGCCAGCGGAGGCUGGCAAGAUUUUUAGCGUGGAAUUAUGCUAAAUGCCCUCAGAACCGAAGCGCGCAUGCGAAAUUGGAUUUUCUUUUGCCGCAGAAUUUUACUUGACAGAUUUCUCUGCACUUAUGGCAUCGUCAUAUCACGUCCAGACUGUCAAUAGCGGAAUACAUUAAUGAAUUACAAAGACAAGCCUGCUGCUGGACAAGAGGGCGGAGCUGUUGAAGUGUGAUUGUCUAGCGAGCGACGCGGUCCGACAAUAAACGCUCCUUUAUUGUGUAUAAGGACAUUGUGCAUUGAGAAGUCACCGGCGCAGGAACGUGCGGUAUACUAUACAUGUGAGUUGUAACGGCAGACUUAUAGUAUCUUACCUGGCAUAUGGAAGCAGUUUGGGAGAUUCGAUCAUUAAUUUCCAUCUUUUCAACGCCGCAACACCGGAGAUUUUCGGAAUCUUGCAGAGCUGCACAGUGGUCAAGUAAGCUGCCGACAUUGAUCCUGCCGGAUUUACGUCUGCCUUCUUCACACGGUCGCCGUGGCAAAUUACCAGUCCAAAAACGCUGUUAACUUUUACUACAGAUAGAUUUUGUCGUCAAAAGUUAACAGUGCCGUUUCCCAGGAUUUGCGCUGCAUACGUCAACAUACGCGGCGGUGCAGUCUGUGUGUGUGUUUUCGUUGUACACUGCGCGGACUGUCACAACCCCACAUGCGCAUCAGGGUCAUCAUUGGUUUUAAUGAGUUGAAGUUUAUCUGGAGCGCCGCGCGCCACGGCCGCCACAGCUGCCAUCAUAUUGGGUAAUAAUCAGCGGUUGUUUUCGGGAUAUUCGUCACAGUCAUCUACUUAUUGGCUGGCAACCGGUGCAGCCAUUCAGCCGGUAUUCCACCGCCGCAUCAUCCGCCUGAUCUUAUGAGUCAACAUGUGGAGAUUUCUCUCUGCUGCAGCAUCCGAUAUCCGACGUCGGUCACGUAAUAUUCAGAGCAUUUAACUCUCCGUGCCCGCUGGUUGAUACGUGAUUACGCGACCUCGCUCUCGCCGUUCGGGAGGUCUGUUGUGUGCAUGUGUGUAUAUAUUCGCUUUUUUGAGUGCUUGUUGUCGAAGUGGCUAAUCUGACCGGCUUGAACAGUUCGACUACUUGGAAUAUGCACACUACUGUAAGCGCACCGUCCAAUUGCAAAAAAAACACAACCACUGGAUUUUCUAAAACCGCAUCUGCUAUUUUGGAUUGGUUUUUGCCAUUUGCCGCUAAUCUGAUAAUUACUAGCCAAACUGUAUAUAAACCCAGUUAUACCGCCUGCUCUGGGUUACAACAUUUGGAUAUGGUUUAUAUUUGCCGCCUAAUUAUCCAUAAACAUCUCUCCAUGCUGCCAUAAUAAUGUCACUAACUGCUAUCAAUAUCGCCACUGAUGAGUAUCCGAAAAUCUUUAAUGGUCAUUCGGCACCAACUCUGUCCGGAUCCUGUGCAGCGGCAAACGGAGCCAAGACGUGUAUGAAAACCGGCAAAGCGCUGUUUGUGCUUACCGGCGACAGUACGAGUGUUGGCAGUACAGACGGCAACAACUAUUCACGUUUAACCGAACUCGCCACGGAAGCUGACAAAAAAGUCUCAGAAUUUAAUGCCUUAAUCGCCGACGUGGAAUCCCGCUCACGGAAUCAGAAAGUUUUACUGGAGCGUUUGUUCGAAACACAGCUGAGCUUCAGUAAAUCCUCAGCUGCGGCUGCACGUCCGACCAAGUUGGAUUUACUGACAACAUCUGCCAAUGCCAAUCACAUGUCAGCAACUGUCCAGCAGCACACUACAGCCGAUAAUGCAAAUAAACUUAUUGUUGAUGAAUUGCCGGACUUUGGGCCAUUAUCCAAGAAGCUGCGUUCGAACGGCGUUACGACAUCACCGGUGGCCAGUGCGCGUCGCUUCUCCGCAUCAUCAGCAUCCUCCCCGACCAUCGCCACGUCGCUGCCGCGUACACAGUACGGCCGUAAAGGCUCCGUCCCGGCCACUAUCGGCAGCAGCUCUUCAGCACUCUUGACCUUAACAUCCCCCCACGCAACCCGUCGGACAGGGCCGCCGGAGCACCAGCACAAUCCGCAUAAUGCCUCUCCAGUGUCACUGAUCACCAAGGCCACCGCUGAUGAGCACAAUCAUUCCGUAGAUAGUCUGGUAAAGUUGUUUUCCGAGAAUUCCCCUGAGAAAUCCUGCGUGGACUGCCUGAGUAAGGCCAGUAAAAGAGCUAAUCCUAAUGCGGUGCGAUUACUCGUGCGCUGCCCAGACGGUACGGUCUACAGUGAAAACCCGCUGUCGGCAGGCCUACCGCCCAACGGGCGCCGCCUGCCUACGGCUGACAAUAAUGGGACCAAUGGGGAAGUGCAGCGUAGUAUGCCGACAUUUGCCAGCACCUGUGCCUUUCUCAACAAACUCAAACUGAAGAACGGCAACGGUUUGGAAUUUCAUUUGGGAAAGAUGCCCAGUAAACAGGAUACCAGCCAGUUGGAGAGUCUGUUAGCGGGAUUAAACUUUUCCAAGUUUCGCAUUACCGACCGGCUGGGAUCCUGCGAGCAUGCGUCGAAAUGUCCGCCUAAUGAGGAAAAACGCACGGGCCGACAGGCGGCCGUUCCGACAGCGGCCACAGCAGCAGCAGCUGGAGCCAAAGAGGCGAAAGUGGGUCAAAAAAAUUCACUGCACACUGAGGCCGGUAUUAAUGGGUGUAAUACGAGAGCGGAUCAUGCAACGAUUAUUAAUGAGACGGCACAGCCAAGGUUACCGCCGCCAGAUGGAGUUAUGCGAGCACUUUCGCAACCGGAAAACGAUCAAAAUUCCGAUCAUUUGCUCGGAAUUCUGCGUGUGGAUGAAGCGGACAUUCCAGUGAUACGUAAGGAGCGAUUACGUGUGACGCUGUCCGAAGAUCGUGAAAGUACACUCUUCGCUCCCGCCAUGAAGCACAGCGCCGGCACAAUGUAUAAAGUAUCGGAGGAUAUUGCAUCAUUAAUUAGUGACAUUCGUCAGCACUUCCAGCUGUACCGAAAAUGUGAUCACGUAGCUCAGCUGGCGGCGCGGCCCGUCGCCAGUGCUGGUGUGGAUACAAAUACCGAUACCAAACUGCGGACGGCAACCACGACUGUUGACAAGCCGCCGCUCAGCGAGGAUAUUAAUACGGAUACACAGUCCGUCAAUGGACUGCAUGAUGACAGCGGCAACACGGUGCCGGUGUGCCCCGCAACACCGGCGACAAAUCGACGCGAUUCGGAUUAUGUUAUCUCCGUUGUGUCGGACGAUUAUUCCGAGAGCACCGGGCCGGUGGAUGAGACCAUGGAAACCGAAUCCACAUCCUCAUCGUUCACGUUCAGCCCGACGGUGUCCACGACGCACAGCGCCUUUAACGGUGCGCUCAGUGAACGCGAUUACCUCAUUUCCGGUUCCAUUCAUGCAUUGUCAUCCAAGCGACAAGAGUCGCGUGCGGUUGACACUGAUGAGAAGACACCACUGCCAACCUUGGAAAAUAUAACUGAUCCCGGUGCGCACAUGGUUCAUAUGCAAACGACCGAUUUGCCGGCAAAAACCGAAGUGUAUGUCAACGGAAAUUCUGAAAGUAACCGCAAAGCUUAUGUGAACGGGUCAUCGUUGACCUUUCCACCACAACCACGAAAAGGCGGGUUAUCCUAUCCGGAAAACCAGUUUUCCAACAAUAUUAUCGCCAACACAACAGCGUCGUCCUGGGACAUUGAUAAUCCCGAAAACCGUCUUUCGUCGUCGUCGUUUCCUGAAAGCUCCAUUUCGUUAACCGACAGUGUGUACAGCACGUGCACAGCGGCGUCAUCCAGUCUGCGUUCGUACAUGGAUCCCGGUUCGGUAGAAAGCAGCGCCCGUGCCACCCAGUCCGCUCAAUCCGACACGGAACGCCCGGAAGUCGACGCCCGUAAACUGCGCUACCACAGUGACCCGACGCCCAGUGCCCAGGAGUUUUCCAAACCCGGCAGUAUUGCCCUUUAUUCGAUCAGCGAGCCGGUUCUCCCUAACGCCCCGGCAACAAGUGACGUGACCAAUAGUGCAGCAAAGAGUGUCGAUGAGGCGGAAAACAGCGAUCGCAGUAUCACUUUGCCGCUGAGCAUCAAAGACGACCUCAUACGGGAAAGCGGCGGAAUUAUGACAAUCGAUGCCAGGGCGUGGCCCGGCUGUGAAAGUGCUAUCCAUAACAAUGCCGGCGCUGACAACGUCGUGUGCGGCACAGCGCCGGCCGCCGGGGAAAAACAAACGGCAAACGGAAGUGCAUGCCCAACUGCCGCGAUAUCUCCCAGUGCGCCGGGCAAAGCCAACAAUCUACGAGCGGCAUUUCAUGCCAGCUUUCGUCAUGGUGACAAGCAUCAACCGCGGGGUCCAUUCGGGAUCUGCUUACAGGAAGAGCAGUUGCGUCGCGAACGCGCCGGCUACAAUCGACAGUUUGUCCAUGAUCUCAGUUUCCUUAACAGUCCCGAGCCAUCACCGGGAACACCCGAGCAUGUCAUGCCGGAAAAUGGUCUAGUGCCAGAAUUGACGGAGAACGGGGAGUGUAAGGAACGCCACAACAUGCCCAAACGCCGGCAAUCCGCGCAGUUGUUAGCGGAGGAGAAAUUGGCGCGACACUACGUGGGAAUGAAGUCGUCGCCCAAUUUGUUCUUUAAUGUGGUGGCAGCCGCGGGACUCAGUGAUUCCGCGGGGAGCGCACUGCGACCGGGUGAUAUCUGCCGGUCGGCGUCGGACGCCGACGCCACUAACUGGAAAAAACACAGCGACGACACUGACAGUGCCGUGUAUUCUGGAUCCACGGAAAGUGUGCCGUCGUCCGAGUCAAUUAGCUCACGAGCAAAAUUACAUCCUUCCACGAAGCGAGCCACGGAUUUCCGGACUCAUAUCGCCAAAGAGUUAUACGACACUGAAAAGACUUAUGUGGAAUCGCUUCAAAUUUUGGAAAAGUAUUUUGAAACUCUAAAAGGCAAUGAGGAUUUGGUGGAGAAAACCUUAGCUGAAAACAUGUUCUAUCAAAUCCCGGCAAUCAAAUGCCAUCACGAAAAUCUUCUAACAGAGCUGAAAAGACGAAUGGAGUGCUGGGAUACGCGACAAAAAAUUGGGGAUGUCAUAGUGCACGAAUUUACCAAAGAAUCAGUUAUCGAUACAUAUACGGCAUUCAUAAAUAACUGGAAAACGGCGAAGGAUGCUAUUAAACUUGCGAAGAUCACGAAACCUAAUUUCGCCAAAUUUUUGGAGCAAUGUGCACGGGAACACCGAGGAAAAUUAAACUUGGAUGCAUUAUUAAUUAUGCCGGUACAACGCAUUCCCAGAUACGAAUUGCUCAUAAAGGAAUUACUGAAACACACAGCCGAGGAUCAUCCAGAUCGGAUAGAUUUAGAGUCAGCGCAGAAUCAAGUUCAUGAACUGGCACUGAAAAUCAAUGCCAUGGAAGCGGAGGUUGACGAAGCCGAACGAAUGAUGAUUCGAUUAAAAGAGCUGGAAAUGUACAUUGAUGGAUUGAACGACCUGGUGGAACCUAAUCGGAAGUUCCUCAAAUUCGAUAUGGUGACGAUGGCUAGUGGAAAUAUGGGACUCAAAAAAGAUCGCUGCCUCUUCUUAUUUUCGGAUCUCCUUGUAAUUACCAAUUUAAAGCGUAAAUCGGGCACAAUUCGAAAACCUUCUUCUAACAGCUGUAGCCCGCAAUUAUAUCCUACCCUGGAAAAUAAUAAGUACAAGCUGCUCAUGAAGAUCUCCCUGGCUGAUUUGGAGCUAGCACGAUCGGCACUCACAACGGCGAAAAAGCCGUUUGUUGAGCGCGAUCUACUGGAAAGUGACCUCGGCGUUCUGAACAAGAUCAGUGAACUCACCGGAAACUUAUCGGCAUCCCAUCAGCCGCUGGAUGAUGCAGUGCGCAAUAUGAUCUCUGUGGUUAAUCGUCAGUUAACCGACCGACAAGCGCAUUCACACGAUCCUAAUUUAUCCAAGCUGGAACUCACGGUUCCCACCCAGCAUGGCUUAGAAGCUAUUUCUAUAAAUUUCUUAUCGGCCGGCAAGAAGAAUGCGUGGGAAAAGGCGUUUCUGGAAGCCAAGCAAGUGUUGGGUUUAUCAAUCGACCGGCGACCACCUCCUGACUUCCUAUGUUCCAUACCCAUCCGCAAAACACGGGCGGGAAUGCAGAUCACCUGCUCAGCGGCAACAACCGAUCUGAACGCCUGCGACCUACGGGAUGUGUGGGUAUGCAACAGUGACGGCUACGUUGGCCAAAUCUGUGUUCUCAGUAUGCAGCCGGAACCGGCGCUGACCUCGUGCAUAACCGCGUGUGGAUGUAAAAUCACGUGCAUAGCAUCGGUGCCCGCUUCUACGGGAUUAUCAAAAGGAUCAGUGAUUAAUUCGCGUAAUACCAGUCCGGUGUCCGAUCACAGCAGCAGUGGCGAUACUCAUAAUCCUCCGACACUCAAUCUGGAACUGGACAGUGAUGACUCCACCGAUGAGGACGCCAGCAUCGACGACCACUCACGGAGUCUGCCCAACAGCGAUAAGGACAGUUUCCUGCUAAUGUCCGAAGAUGACCACGAACAACUGCUCAUGUCAGUGGCCGGAAAAUCUCAAAACCCAGUUCCGGAUCCAUCGCAAGGCACAAUGUGGAUUGGCACCGAAGAUGGAUGCAUCCUGGUAUAUUACUGCAACGACAACAUCCGAAUCAAGAAACCACGACUAAAGCUGCAGCAUUCUUCCGCCGUCCAAAGUAUAGCGUAUACGGAUCAGACAGUGUUCGUUGGUCUGGCUAACGGUCAGGUGGCAGUGUACAGCCGAUCAUCCCAGGGUGUCUGGGAGACGACGCAUCCGGUUUAUAUCCAACUGGGAUCUCCUUCCGCACCUGUCCAGCGCAUGACACUGGCGUGCGGCAAAGUGUGGUGCGCCUGUCUCAAUGUCAUUCACGUCAUCAAUCCCUCAACACUUAAAGUUGAAAAUACGUUCUCCAUCGGAUCGGAUGCCAGUCGACCGCUCUCCUGUAUGGCCGCCAGUGGAUUAGGUGUGUGGAUGUCAGUCCAGAACAGCGCUGUGCUGCGCUUGUGCAAUGCGAUCACAUUCGAUUUCCUAGCGGAUAUCAAUCUGACACCCAGUGUACAGAAAAUGCUGGCCGGUUGUGAUGAAAUUCUUCGGCAGCAUAAAUUUGCCUGCCUCCGUAUUACCGCCUUGUUAGCGUGCAAGGAAUUGCUAUGGGUGGGAACCAGCGCUGGAGUUAUCCUGACGGUCAAUCUGCCGCAUAUUCAGCCAGGAACGACAAGACUAAAUUCUUCCCCAACCUUAACAGGCAUAUGGCAUGGGCACACGGGACAAGUCCGCUUUUUGCACUGCGUGGAACAGAAUAUCAUUGGGAGCAUUGGACAGAGUACUAACGGGAAUCGUUCCAAUAGACGCCAUUCGGCAUCGGCUGCCGUUCAAGGGACUAAGAUGCUGGUGGUCAGCGGUGGCGACGGGUAUGAGGAUUUCCGCAGUACAUCAUUCUCUGUGGCAGCCACUACCGGGACAACCGACGGAGCUGGGAGGGAUGACAGCACCAACCAUCUUCUCUUGUGGCAGUGUUAAUUAAAAGUAACACAUAUUCGCAAGGUUGUAAUUCUCAUUACACGAGUUCCUGGGUUCCGUCAGCGAUCGUCGUUCUCUGGUCAUUGUCCCACAUCCUCAAGUAACACUGCAUUCCGCCGGGUUUUCACGGAUUUAAUUUUGUUGGAAGUGUACAUAGACGGUUCUUGAUCUAGUAAUUUCGCGAAACUACACCUUGAUGUAGAGGUAAUCGGAUCUCUGACCUCUUGAGCGGAAUGAAUGAAUGUGUCUGUCUGUAAAUAGUGCUUAUGCUUUUGCUUUAGGUACCGAAAUAUGUUUGCUCUGCUUUCUUGGUUUCAAAGUUUUAUACUAGUCAUAUAACGAUUUGAUUGCACAGACUGAAUUUUUGUAUUAAAUAACAC